AUGACUGAGCAGCUCGAAUCUCAGCGCCGCCGGCCAUCGCCCCCCGCGAACACCGGCAAGCGGAGAAGACUAGACGACGAUGCAACCAGCAAAACCCACCGCGAAGCCGCAGGAAGAAAUGAUCACCACCAAUCCCAAUCACCACCGGCCGCGUUCGGAGGCGGCGGCGGCGGCGAUGGCAACAACAACAUCAGUAGGCACCUGUUCUCACCGUCGUCGCACCUCCACCAGCGCACAGCCUCCCCAUCGGCCUACAGCCGCCACAGCAGCGCCGCCUUCACGCAGGCCCCCAGCUCUACUACCAUGGUCUCCGAAUCGGCAGCAUUAACAGUAGCAGACUACUCCGCUUCAUCUGUGUCUGGCUUCUCCCCGGAACUACUAAUGGAUCCCCUGCUCGCUUCAUCGCCUGGCAGUGGCUGUUGCACAGGCUGUGGCGGGGCCCACCAUGCGCGAUGCUGCCAGGGCGGUUGCGGCGCCACCGCCGGCGGGCUAUUGCCCCCGAGAAGCCCGGAUGACUACAACUGCAACCCCAUGUUCCUGGCCUCGCAGGAAGAGCUGCGCAGCCUCCUCUUCAACACCGCGCAGUCGACUCACCCCACGCGAGCGCCGAGCCCUGCGGCAACGGCGGAUUGCGGUAGGUACGUGGACGAAUUUAUCGAAGGAGGAGGGGGAGAGAGGGGGGGAGCGGUAGGAGGAUCGUCGUCCUCCCUCUCGGGCCGGACUCAGAUGAAGCAGAUUUUAGGCACGCGCAAAAGAGUCGAGUACCUCAAGAACUACCUUGCCAAAGUGGCGCCUUGGCUCGACAUGUUCGACACAUCUCGGCACUUUGGCAUCACCGUGCCCGCUCUCGCGCAAGCCCAACCGCCCCUCCUCUACGCCAUCCUCGCUCUUUCAGCCCGUCAGAUGGAGCGUCUCAGCAGUGGGUCUGGACGCCGUGGCGGCGGCGGCGGCGGCGGCGGCGGCGGCAGAAGUGGCGGCGGCAAGCACUACCCAACCACCUCCUCAUUCGAGUCCCUGGAACUCUACCAAGAAGCCAUCCGGCUGCUUACCCCCAAGCUCCCCGAGCGCUCCCCGCAUAUUCUGACCUGCUGUGUCAUCCUCUGCUGCCUCGAGAUGAUGUCGGCUAGCCCGCAGGACUGGCGCCGACACCUUGAGGGCUGCGCGACGCUGUUCGAUUCAUUCGACGUCAACGGCUUCAGCGGAGGCUUGAUGCAGGCCGUGUUUUGGUGCUACACGCGCAUGGAUCUCUGCGGCGCGCUGAUAUCCGAUGGCACGGAAAGCACGCUCCUCGCUCUCCGCAAAUGGGUUCCCGCAAGCGUGUCCUCCGAGAACGGUAUCCACGACCUCUUCGCGUCCCACCGCAGCCCGGACAUGCACGCCAACUACGCCGUGUAUCUCUGCUCCAAGGCGUGCGAGCUUCUGUCCGACCGGACCAAGUACGCCGAGCUGGGCGUCGACAACGGCUGCACCGGCCCGGCCUACGCGCUGCGCUGGAAGCGGCUCUGGCACGAGCUGUCCCUGUGGCUCGACGAACGGCCGGCCGAGCUGCUGCCCGCCAAGACGAUCCGGCAGAAGAGCGACAAGCCGUUCCCGGAGAUCCUGUUCAUCCACUGGGCAGCCAUCAGCUCGAACCAGCUGUACCACACGGCGUGCAUCUUGCUCCUCAACUCCAUGCCCAAGAGCUUGAAGCUAGACCCGCUGCCAGUGCACAACCCGCUCUGGCACGCCCGGCGCGUGUGCGGGAUAUCGCUGUCGAACCCGCACGAGGGGUGCCUGAACAACGCGUGCCAGCCGCUGUGGAUAGCCGGGCGCAUGCUCGGUCAUCAUUCCGAGCACGCCGCCGUCAUCGAGCUGAUCCGCAACAUCGAGGCUCAAACCGGAUGGGGCAUGUACUGGAGAAUCCGAGAUCUGGAAGAAGCUUGGGGUUAUCGGACCCGCUAA